AUGGCACCCCAGUCCCCAUCGGACAGUAAGACGUUCGCGGAACCGGCAUCGCACAAUCUGCCUGUUGUUGUGACUCCGGUGCCCAGUCGGCGAAGUAGACGCCAGGCCGUUUGGAACAACGAACUGGGCACACAACAACAAUAUUCGGUCCCUGACCGCGCUUCUCAUGUCCCCAACGUCGUGUUAUUAAACCGUAAUGACAACAAGUGCUCUCCCGAAGCAAAACCAAGUGUCCGGAGGGCUGUCGGGAAUGCGGAGACGCCAGAUAUCCGAUCUCUAUGUCGCACAGAUACCUACAAUUACCUAAAAGUAUCACCAACAAAACGAGAGGAGCUAGCAUGGUUGAUCGAAGACAGCGUUAGCGCCUUUGCCUCGUCUCCUGAGGUGGAGUUUUUCCACGGGCUUAGCAUCCUCUCCCAACUGCCGCAGUCUGUCGGUACGCGAUCACAUUGCUCCGCCGAUCGACUGACCUCUCUCUGUCAGGCCCUUACACAUCUCUUGCGGCUAAUCAGAAAUAGACUUAAUCGAUACUUUGAUUUCUUCUUCCGAUACCGGACGCAACAAGGAGGCUUUGGCUGCCUUUCAUCAAAUGCCUCGGCCUCAGCCUCCAAGCAAGACUUGUCCACCUCUCGGGCCGCAGAAGAAACCUCCAUCACCACUGACACCAGUUCCAGCCCUAUGGAACUCAGCGAUGACCCCUUUGCAGGAGCACCGGCAUCUCAGGUCAAGUUUAUUUUCCUCGCCAUCCUCUCCACCUCCGGCGCUUUUGCCUGCCUACAACAGCUGCUCCUGUUGAUCCAGGCUUUUUCGACUAGUGGAGUCAAUAAUCAGCGUUCGGCGAUUGCGCUACGCGAGGUAGCUUCCCUGGUGGGCUGGACCAUCAGUUCUGUGGCCCACCUCCUCAUUGGUCCAAGCAACAGGAGAGGACCUGAUGGCCGGGCACUGCGCGACCUUCGACCUGGCUGGACCCGGGAGCUAACUGCGUUAGCCGAAUUCUCCAUCUACUUGGCCAGUCUUCUGUCUCCUGAAUUGACUUCCGAAGUUGAUUUGGCUGUUUGCAACCCUAAUGGUCCAUCGAGUCCACACAAUUCGUGCUGGUGGCCCCCCUCCCUUUCUGCGGUUCUCAUAAUCGCUGAUCAGGUCAUGCGGAUAGAGGGUAAGGAGGACAACAAGAAGGUGGAAGCGUCCGCGGAGGGCACA